AUGGUGCUCAGCAGCCUGAGCAUGCCGCUGGGCGGCGCGCGGCGCGUGGCGGCGGCGCUGGAGGGCAUCCCCAGCGCGGCUGUCGUGGAGGACGGGGAGGGCGGCGGCCCCGGCCAGGAGUGGGACCUGACGCUGCAGCAGCAGCGCAUCGUGGGGGACCUGCUGCGGCUGAGGCAGCUGGUGCACAAGGCGGUCAGCAAGAUGGACCAGAGCCAGCUGGAGGCGCUGCUGUACGCCGCCGGAAGCGGCGAGGCCGAGGCUGUGCAGGCGCUGCUGCGCCAGGGCAUGAGCCCAGACAGCGCCAACGCGGAGGGCACCACGCCGCUCAUACUGGCGGCCAGCAAGGGGCACAACGAUGUCGUGUUGGCACUGCUCUUCAACGGCGCAGACCCCUCAAAACGCGAUGCGGGGGGCCGCAGCCCCCUGCUGCUCGCGUGCCAGGGUAACCACCCGGGUGUUGUGGACAUUCUGCUGCGCCAUGGAGCCAAGCUGGGCAUGGAGCCCGUCAUGCUGGCCGCCUACCUGUGUAAGAUCGUGUUUGAGGGCAAGAUUGAUGAGCUGCGGCGCGUGCUGCGCGCGCGCGCCGACCCCAACGCUGUCGACUACGACAAGCAGUCGCCGCUGCACAUUGCGGCGGCGGAGGGCAACCUGCCCGCGGCGCGUGUUUUGGUGGAGCAGGGCCGUGCCAGCCUGCUGCUGGCGGACAGCAGCUGCUGA